CGGAAGAAAAUGGCGGCCGUGGCUGCAGAGCCAGGAGCUGCGGCGGUUCCGACAACAACAAUAACCGGGACUACGGACGACGACGGUCCGCUACAACCGGUCCCCGCCGGCCCGGGACUCCCUGGAGCUCCGCUGGAGACCGACGGGCCGCAGGAGUACGGCUCGGUUGUGGAGCUGGUCGUCCCCCGGGCGGAGGAUGGUGGGGACGGGGAGGAGCGCCGCCAUGUCAGGCCGGAGUUGGAGCCCGCGGCGGGAACAGCGCUCUCUGAUAACGACGGACUGAUCAAUAGCUUCGCCGUUAACGACGGACUGAUCAAUAGCUUCUCCGUUAACGACGGACUGAUCAGUAAUUUCUCCGUUAACGAUGAACUGAUCAGUAAUUUCUCCGUUAACGAUGAACUGAUCAGUAACGACGAGCUGAUCAAUAAGUUCCCGGUGGAGCGGAUGGACCGGUUCUCUCCCGGGGUACCGGGGGAUCCGGAGGACCCGCAGCCCUCCGCAGUCUUCCUGCACUCGUUCCCGGCCCCUCCUCCCGGUAGCGAGGCCGGACUGUCUCUGGCAGAACCGGCGGAACCGACCACCAACGAGACCACGGCCCUGGUCCAACCGGAGCGGCCCGGACCCGCGGAGGAUGGGACCGAGGACCCGUCCCCAUCCUGCCGGUCCCCUAAGAGACGGCUCAUGACUGACCCCGCCGGGGAAGACUCUUCUGAACCCGCCCUCGGUGCUCCGCCGCUCGCUUCAGAUCUGAGUCCCGGGUCCGAGGUCCGGGUCUCUCUGGACCACGUCAUCGAUGACGCGCUGGUAGUGUCCUUCCGGCUGGGGGAGAAAGUUUUCUCCGGGGUCCUGAUGGACGUGUCCAAAAGGUUCGGGCCAUACGGGAUUCCAAUCACCGUUUUUCCUCGACGUGACGACCGCAGUCGACCUCAGAUGCCACAGCCUGUUAGCGGUGUCGACCCGUCCACCAAACAGGAAGAGGGUACGGUUGGACCAGCGCCCUCGCCCCCCCACCAUCCUCAGCCCUGGACCUCGAAACCGCCACCGCUGUUCCAGGAGGGUGCGCCGUACCCCCCUCCUCUGUUCAUCAGGGACACCUACAACCAGGCCUUACCUCAGCCGCUUCCUCGCAAAAUCAAGCGGCCAAAGCGGCGCUACCGCUGCGAGGAGCCCACCUCCAUCAUGAACGCCAUCAAGCUCCGCCCCCGCCAGGUGCUCUGUGACAAGUGCAAAGGUGUGGUGGCGUCAGGCGGGCACAGGGAAGCACGGCGGGGCCCAGUGGAUCUGAGAGGCGAGGAGGCGUCCCGGCGGCGGCGACCUGCUGACGGACCUAUUUCUUCUGAGGUGAAACGGCUGAGGAGCGACGACAAGGGAGGACGCGCCGCCACCGACAAACGCUCAUCAUCAGGGAUACGUGUGUCAUCUUCAUCAUCAUCUUCCUCUCGCCGUGCCCUGAGGGGCGUGGCUUCGUCCUCUUCGCCGUCUUCGUCCAGCCGCGUGUGUCUGAAGCUGAACUCUAAGAAGGUUCUGGCCAAAGGUUCCGCCGUCGACCGCUCCAAAGCACGGCAGGUUCUCAAGAAGCUGGUGAGGAGUUCUCAGCCAUCACCGUCUCAUCGCCGGCCCAAAGAACAGAACCAGAAUCAGAACCAGGGUCAGACCCAGAACCAGGACCGCACCAAGGCUGUGACCCGAGCCGCCGCCCUGCAGGACCACAACCAGAAGGUUCACUUCACUCGCCGCCUGCAGCACCUCAGCGGCGCCACUGUCAGCUCGAGCUCCCACGCGCAGCUUCCUCCCAGAAUGCGUCUGAAACCCCAAAGGUAUCGUACCGACGACAGCCAGGUGCCCUGCUCCUCUUCCUCCUCUUCCUCCUCCUCCUCCUCCUCCUCCUCCUCCCCGCCAAAACAGAGCGCUCGCUCCUCGCCUCCAAAACCUGCUUUAAGCCCCGCCCCCACACCUACAUCUAGCCCCAUCCCACCCCCUACCUCAACUACAGCUCCUCCACCCGUGCCCCCCCCCUGUGCUGCCGAGGAGGCGCAGGAGGAGGAGGAGGGGGUGGAGCAGGCAGCGGGAGGAGAUGAUGGGCAGGUUCCUCCUCCCUGCUCCUCCUCCUCCUCCCUCGACUCCUCCCACUCAGAAUGCAGCUCCACAGAGACCUUUGACCUCCCCCCUCCUGGAGACCCACUCUCCUCCUCCCCCCCUCCCGACUCGGUUCCCCCUCCACCCUCCUUGUUAGAACCUCGGUGUCCCUCCUCUUCCUCCCCCUCUACCCCUCCCCUCAGAACCGAUGGCGAGGAGAUGCAGGCCGGUGAGGAGGAGGAGGAGGAAGAGGGAGGUGAACUGAAGAGACGUCGUAAGUCUUCCACAUCCUCCUCUUCCUCCUCCUCCUCGUCCUCCUCCUCUGUCUUCUCUAAGUUGGUGUCAAAGUGUUUGCUCCCCGAUGGUCGGACGGUGUGUGUCGGCGACAUCGUUUGGGCGAAGAUCUACGGUUUCCCCUGGUGGCCGGCGCGUGUUCUCGGUAUCACGGUGUCACGGCGUGGCGACACUGGGCUGGCGGUGCGGCAGGAGGCACGCGUCUCCUGGUUCGGCUCCCCCACCACCUCCUUCCUGCCGCUGACCCAGCUGUCGCCCUUCCUCGAGAGCUUCCAAUCCCGCUUCGACAGGAAGAGGAAGGGGCCGUACCGCCGCGCCAUCGCCGAGGCCGCCAGCGCCGCCAAACAGCUGACGCCUGAAGUCCGGGCGCUGCUCACGCAGUUCGAGACGUAGCAUCGGCUGUCAACACCCUCCCACCCCCUCCACAUGUGCCAUGCCCCCUCCAAUUCUGCCUGCCCAUGGGACAGGAAGUAGGAGGAGCUUAUCCCUCCUCCUCUUCCUCAGACUGCUACCAGUCUGUCUGUCAGAGACUGAGGCAGACAGGCGGCCAUGUUUCUGUUUCCUGUUCUUCCUGUUUGGAGGAGGGGGUGGAGCUUCUGAGUUACCUGUCAGUGUUCAGGAGAGCCGUGGGCGGGGCUUAUCUCCUCAGUUUCAGGCAGGUGUCAGUCAGCCGCAGCGUUUCCCUCGCCUCGCCGUCACAGCGUUAAAGGGUCACUUCCUGAGUUUACACAGAAAAUGAUGAAUGAUGAUGAUGUCAUAGUGAUGUCACUAUGUAGCUGUAAUGAAAGACACUAUCCAGAUGCAUUAUGGGAGAUGUGUUGUUAAUCUGAGAUUACUGGAGGGUCCCUGAGAAUCUGAUUGGCUGACUGCGUCAUGAUGAUGUCAUAACGUUCACAUCAUUAAUAAGAAUCAAUAAUCUAAAAAAACACUAAGCUAGCUAGUUAUUAUGUUCCAUUGAUUACAGUGAUUGAUUGAUAAAAUAUCAGACCUCAAUCGAACGUGUUUGACCUCAUCAGGGCGACGGCGGCGGCAGCGUCAUGGAACACUGACACGCUGACAUGUGGUUCUCCUGGUUCCUCCAGGUUCUGCUGAGGAACCGAAAACUUAUAUUUUAUUUGUUUCCGUUCAGAAAGAUUCAAACUGUGAAACACAAAGUGUUGUUCAAACUGAGGCCAGGGCCCCAAACAGGGUCCCGAACUGAAUAACAACGGUCUGAAGGUUCUGAUCAUGUGAUCAAUAAUCAAACAUCAUGAGUACAUUAUAGAAACAACUUGUAUAACAUUAGAAGCCCUCUGAUUGGAUCCUGGAUCCUGUCACCCAGCUGUUUGAUCAGUCAUAAUCUGAUCAGUCGUAUUGAUCCAGUUAAUGAGCGAUUGUCAGCCAAACGAUGUCUCACUCGUGUGUUUGAGACCCCGCAGCCUCAGGUGAUCAACAUUAGACUGACAGACGGACAGGUAGGACAGGUAGGACAGGUAGGACACACUGACUGUUAGACAGGACAGCUGCUCUGCUCUCUGAUGAUGAUGAUGAUGAUGAUGAUGAUGAAGGUGGAGGUGGAUUUUCCCUCUUUUUACCGUCUGUUUGCAGAUCAGAGAUCUGUGAGAGUCGACCUGUGUACUUGUUCUUUUCUCAUGUUUUAAAUCUAUUAAAAAACUGUCAAACUUC